AUUACUCUAUUUGCACCCAACCUCUCCCCCAUCCCGCGCGAGCUCGAGCUCUCCCCCUCUCCUUCACCUCUCCUCUCUCCUCCCUCUCUAAGCUCGGAUCCCUAUCGGCAGCGGCGGCGGCGGCGGCGUCGUCGUCGUCUCCGGCGGAGGAGCUCUCGGCGGCGGAGAAGGGCGUAAAAUCAAACCCCUUUCACGGGGCGCCCCACACCCUCCUCCGCCACCGCGCCUCGUGCCAUUCCAGAAAUUCGUAGCUACCAGGUAGAAACCUGCUUCGAUCAUCAAUUGGACGCUCUUCAUAUUCACCGCAUAUAAAAAAAGAGAAAGGUUGGACCUAACAUUUUCUCGGAUAAACGGAGAUGGCCUCAAAUAAUCCUCACCCUACUCAGUUUCCUGUUACAGAGAAGUCGAUAUCCUUAGAUAUCAAGGGAACUAAGACGGACAUCAUAAUCAGCAAGUAUACAGAUAGUUUUCUGGUCAUGGUGACUCAAAUAGGAUCUAUGGGUACCAUACUGCAUGCUAGGAAGGAGGAAGGUGUAUCACUAGAUCCAACUUUUAAUGUUUCUGUGAUAUUUGGCAAGAGAGAUGAGCCACUUCUAGUUGCAUGUGCAAGGCAGAUGAUUGAACAUAUGAGCCAUUGCGGUUCGUCGAGGGCAUUGAUUCUGUCUCUUGGUCUAAAAGAUCACUCUCAGGAGAUUUUAAAGGAUAUCAUUUCUGCUGUCAUUGAGAAUCGCCUUUGGUGAAUUUGAGAUGCCUGAAAGUUAUUAGAGUUCUUUCCGUUCCUUUUUAACAACCUUUUUCCUUUUAUUUAUUAUCAAUUAUUUUUUUAUUUGUUGUAACUAAUGCAUUGAGAAAAUGCGCUUUAGCUUUUGUGGCAUUAAUUUUAUAGAAGAUAUUGUUGUAGGUUGUUUUCCUUAUAUGGCUGUAAAAUAACUUCUUGAUGAUUCGAGUGCUCGUUAUGACAAAGUUGCACAACAUGCAGGAUGCUCUAGUUCUCUUUUGUACACCUCGGUUUUAUUGACAUGGUAAUAUAGAAUUUUUUGUA